CCUAAGGCGGAAACCUCCGCAGACCCCUGCCCAGUUGAUGAUUGAACGAUCGCUGCGCCGUGCAGUUCGCCUGGUCGCAAACCAUCGUAAACUUGACAAACCACCACUCUCGACUCCCACACGACCCCGAACUCGAGUCUGAAACCUCGCGCCGCCCAUACGAACAUGAGAUAAUCGACGAAUCCCAACUUUUGCUCUCCUCUCCUUAAAAACCAGCGCGCAAAUCGCCCAUCAUGUCGGUCAGCUCGGGUCAAUCGCUCCAGCUGGCCGACUACCUGGAGAAGCUGCCCGGCACGACCUUUAGGAAGCUGUACCUGCAGCCCUCUACGGCCUUUGCCAUCUUCCGCAGGAUGAUACCGCCGCUGGCCAAAACCAUCGUCAUGGCUAUUCUAUACAUGCCGCAGCCUAUGCUACUAGAGGAUCUCGAUGUUUGGGUCAAGCCAGACUCAAGAAGGCAAAAAGACCAAGCAAUCUCGACCCUUCGCAGCCUACACAUUCUCCAAAUCACUGCCCCCUCGAAAGAACGUCCACAAGAGAUGCAGCUCACGACAAACUUCAAAAACUCGCUGCGCCUCGCCCUCGAAGGCGGCGGAUCUCACAACUCCUUCGGCGUGCCCUCGUCCCUCCCCGUCCCGCCCGAAAUCACCGUCCCGUUCCUCGACCGUUACGCCCGUCGCAAGUGGGAGGACAUCCUCCACUACAUUGUCAACACCGUGAACCCCGGCGGCGCCGACGUCAGCGGACCUAAGGCGUCUGUUAAGGAUCUGCUCGCCGCGGGCGCGCUCGUACGUCGCGCCAAUGGUGCCGUCGGCAUCACACAGGCCGGCUUCACCUUCCUCCUCCAGGAGGCAAACGCUCAGGUUUGGACCCUGCUGCUGCUCUGGCUCGAGGCCACCGAGCACGCCUCUGCGGUCACGGGAAUGGAGAGUACCGACGCACUCAGCUUCCUAUUCCUCCUCGCGAGUCUCGAGCUCGGCAGGGCCUACGACACCCAGGCUCUCACUGAACCACGGCGCAAUAUGCUCCCCAGUCUUCUCGACUUCGGCCUCAUCUACAUCCCGCAGCACAAGACCCAACAAUACUUCCCGACCCGCUUGGCAACGACGCUCACGAGCAGCUCCAGCGCCCUCCGUAGUGCAGGCGCAGGCUUCUCUGCUGCCCUUGCGGCAGCCACCGGCCCAAGGCCUUCCAACGGCCUGACCCCCGGCGGAAGCGAGGAGAACAAGGGCGGCAGCAUCAUCGUCGAGACGAACUACCGCAUAUACGCUUACGGCCAGACCCCACUACAAAUCGCCGUCCUCUCACUCUUCUGCAAGCUCAAGCUACGUUUCUCCGACAUGGUAUCGGGGCGUCUCACGCGUAACUCGAUCCGCAACGCCGUCGAGCGCGGCAUAACAGCCGACCAGAUCAUCUCGUAUCUCGCCGCCCACGCCCACGAGCAGAUGCACCGCAUGGCCGCGGUACGGAAUCGGCCCGUCCUGCCGCCCACCGUCGUCGACCAAAUCCGGCUGUGGCAGCUCGAGACGGAACGCAUGACGACCACGAGCGGUUUCUUGUUCCGCGACUUUGACAGUCCUAGGGAGUACGAGGACAUCGCGGGCUACGCGGCAGAGAUUGGCGUACUGACAUGGCGCAACGAUAAGCUUGGCAUGUUCUUUGCUAGCAAGCACGAGCAAAUCAGGGAUUACCUCAAGUUGAGAAAGAAGGCUGAAGAUUAGACAAAGGCGCUAUGGUGCUAUUCCGAGAGACAUAGACAGACCUAAGCACAGGUCUAGAGGCACCCGGGAUAUUGCAGGGCGACUACAUGCAUUAGCAGGCGUUUUUUGGUAUGGAGGACGGUUCAGGCUGGUGUAGAAAGUAAAUGGGUAUUGUUUUUUGCAGCUAACUUUUCGUCCCUGAUAACCUUCAUGUCUGGUGAACGCCAUCUAACACAAUGCAAGGACAUAGGG